AUGAGGGAAAAUGCUAUUGGCAUUGACUUGGGAACCACCUAUUCAUGUGUUGGAAUAUGGAAAGACAAUAAAGUUGAAAUUAUUCCUAAUGAUCACGGUAGUCUCUUUACACCUUCGUACGUUGCUUUUUCCUACGCAGGGCGAGUAAUUGGUGAUAAUGCCAAGAAUCAAAUUUCAAUGAACCCUUACAAUACAAUAUACGAUGCAAAACGUCUAAUUGGUCGUCAGUUUGAUGAUCCAGUAGUACAGUCAAACAUGAAGCAUUGGCCAUUCAAAGUUAUAGAUAAGAAUGGGAGACCCUAUAUUCAAGUUACAUACAAGGGCAAACCCAAACAGUUUUCACCAGUAGAGAUUUUAUCAAUGUUGUUAUGCAAAUUGAAAAAUUCAGCCGAAAUUUUUCUUAAGGAACGAGUCACGGCUGCAGUAAUCAGCGUGGAUUCCAAUUAUAAUUUCUCACAACGUCAAAUUAUAAGAGAUGCCGCUAAAAUUGCUGGAUUAAACGCUCUGAGAUUAAUUAGCGGACCAUUAGCAGCUACAAUUACUCACAGCGUAGAUAAGAGAGUUUCCGGAGAACGUGACAUAGUUAUUUUUGAUUUUGGCGGUGGAUCUCUUGAUAUAUCUCUAAUAACUGUUGAGGAUGGAAUAUUGGAAGUAAAAGCAACCGCCGGAGAUGCCCAUUUAGGCGGUCAAGAUUUCAAUAAACGCCUUGUAAAUCAUUUUGUUCAGGAAUUUAAACGUAAAUUUAAAAAGGAUCUCACUACAAACAAGCGUGCACUAUGUCGUCUUCAAACUGCAUGUGAACGUGCUAAGUGUACACUGUCGUCAUCCAAACAAGCUUUUAUUGAGAUUGACAACAUUUUUGAAGGGGUUGAUUUCUAUACUUCAUUAACUAGAGAUACAUUCCUAAAUUUAAAUCAAGAAUUGUUUCAAAGCAUUAUAGAACCUAUUGAGACAGUGCUCAGAAAUGCAAGAAUUGAUAAAUCACAGAUUCAUGAAGUAAUAUUAGUUGGUGGCUCCACGCGCAUUCCAGAGAUCCGGAAAAUAAUUUCUAAUUUUUUUAAUGGGAAAGAAUUAAAUAUGUCACUUAAUCCCGAUGAAGUCAUUGCCUACGGUGCAGCUGUGUAUGCAGCCAUUUUAUCUGGAAGUCAAUCAGAAAAAUUAAAAGAUUUAUUAUUUCUUGAUGUUAUUUCUCAAUCACUUGGCAUUGAGACAGCUGGCGGAAUAAUGAAUCGAAUUAUAAAACGUGAUUGGACAUUACCCAUAAAGAAAUCCGAAUUGUUUGCUACAGAUUUAGAUAAUCAAACCGAUUUUAUAAUCAAGGUGUACGAGGGUGAAAGGGUACGAACUAUGAACAAUAAUUUACUUGGAGAGUUUCGAUUUACUGGCAUCUCACGCGCGCCUAAAGGCGUAUCUCAAAUCGAAGUUACUUUCGACAUUGAUUCCAACGACACCUUUGAAGUAUUAGCUCAGGAUGUAACCUCUGGAAAACAUAAUAAAUUUGUCGUUACCAAUGAUAAAAGAUUAUCAAAUAAAGAAAUCGAACAAAUGAUCGAAGAUGCUAAAAAAUACCGCGCUGAAGAUAAAAAGGUUAAACAAAAAGAACAAGAACGUAAUAGUUUCGAAAGAUAUUUAGGCAAUUUACAAAAUGUUCUCCAGGAAACUAUUACAUGGUUCGAUGACAAUCAAGAAGUAGAAAAGGAAGAAUACGAACGUAAACGCGAAUAUAUCAUUAACCAA